AUGGGGCUUUCCUCCUGCCGAAGGUCGAUGUGGGCGGGCGUCUUCCUGGUACUUGUCCUCGCUGCGGAUUUCCAGAGAGGCGCACAUGGGGCGGCCGAGGUCGACGAUGGAUAUGAGACAAUCAGUGACGCUUCGACACGGAGUCUGCUCUCUUUUUCCUCCAGCGAAGGAAGGGAAGAAGAAUUAGAUGUAGAUGCUGAUAUUGGUGUUAAACCGGAACUUGGCGCAGUCCGCCGUAUCCAUGGCCUCUCCUACCACCCUCCCCCACAUCCCCCGCCUCCUGGCGACGACGACGACGAUAAUCCGACAGUGGCCGUCGUUUCUGUGAGUAAGUGCCGUCAGUAG